AUCAGACGCAGGCAGGAUAAAAAAUUACAUCGGGUAUGGGUUUAUCGCACCCCAGUUAUAUCAACUGUACAUUAUUGCCAGGACUAAAUGUGGACUCAAGGAUAUGACUGCGUUCAAUUUACAGCGAAUCGCACACUGGGCUCCUCCUCCAAGAUAGAAAGCCCCUCCUUCUUAUUAUCACACGGAAGUAGCUUGGAAGGAGGCACAGUGGGAAGUGGCUGCCGGAAGUGGGGCAGUUCUAGAGACUGAGAAUCGGUGGAGUCAUGGCAGAUAUUCACGGCCUAGUUGAUCGUCUGGAGAAGGCUGUUGCAAAAUUGGAGAUUCUUGCUGCAGGUUCUGGUGGGGAUGUAUCUUCUGCAGAUACAGCUGUAUAUGUUCAGGCAUAUGAUGAUAUCAUUAAUGGACAAGUGGCGGAAUUCAUGAAGAAAAGCAAAGAGAUUGGUGGGGAUGUUGAGAAGCAGGCUGACAUGUUUAUGUCAGGCAUACAAUUGCAGAGAGCAAUUUUGGUGAUGGCCUCUCAGUAUCAGCAGCCAGCAGAGAAAGAUCUCUCUGCUAUCCUUGCCCCCCUCUCUGGAAAAAUUCAAGCUGUGCAGGAUUUUCGAGAAAAGAAUCGAGGAAGUAAAUUGUUCAACCAUUUGUCUGCAUUAAGUGAAAGUGUCCCUGCCUUAGGGUGGGUGGCAGUGGCACCUAAACCAGGUCCCUAUGUGAAAGAAAUGAUGGAUGCUGCCACGUUUUACACCAAUAGAGUACUGAAGGAAUAUAAAGAUGUGGAUAAGAAACAUGCUGACUGGGUGCGAGCAUAUUUAAAUAUCUGGAAUGACCUGCAGACUUACAUUAAAGAACAUCACACAACUGGUCUAAAUUGGAAAAAGACGGGUCCCAAGGCUUCAGGUGUCGCUCCUACUCCUGCUGCUCCUCCAGCACCCAAAGCAGGUCCCCCACCUCCUCCACCUGGUGGUCCUCCACCUCCUCCUCCCCCUGCACCAGCCUCUGCUCCAGAUGAUGACAGUGUGAGCCGCUCCCAGCUUUUUGCACAGCUUAAUCAAGGAGAGAAAAUCACCAAAGGUUUGAAACAUGUUUCUGACGACAUGAAGACCCAUAAAAAUCCUUCUCUGAAGACUCAAGGAGGUCCAGUCCGCGCCGGUCCCAAACCCUUUACUUCACCUAAACCCACAGGUUUUGGUGCCCCAGCAGCAAAGCCUGUUGUCAAGAAGCAGCCUCCUGUGCUGGAGCUGGAGGGCAAGAAAUGGAAAGUGGAGAACCAGGAAAAUGUGUCUAAUCUAGAGAUCGCUGACACUGAACUCAAGCAGGUUGUUUAUAUCUUCAAGUGUGUCAACAGCACCUUGCAAGUUAAAGGAAAGAUCAAUUCCAUUAUUGUGGACAACUGCAAGAAACUUGGGCUGGUUUUUGAAGAUGCUGUUGGUAUAGUAGAGAUCAUUAACUCAAAAGAUGUUAAAGUGCAGGUGAUGGGGAAAGUGCCAACAAUAUCUAUCAAUAAGACUGAUGGCUGCCAUGUGUACUUAAGCCAAGGCAGCUUGCAGUGUGAGAUCAUCAGCGCCAAAUCCUCAGAGAUGAAUAUUUUGGUUCCUACCAGUGGAGGAGAAUUUAGUGAAUUUCCAGUGCCAGAGCAGUUUAAAACUGUGUGGAAUGGCCAGAAGUUGGAGACCACAGUUACAGAAAUUGCAGGAUAAACACGGUUAUUUGUCUGCGGGAACAGACCACGGCCUGGACACUGUGUCCUCUAUAUUUUCCUGUGUUCUCUCUGCUGCUUAUCUCGGGGAUUAUCCUAGCUGUAGCUUAGAAGCCUCUUGCUCACAGCUAUCUUCUGCAUAGCAUCCUGCUAUAUGACACCUAACUAGUGCCAGAAUCCCCUUGAAGAGCGCCCUUGCUAUUCACAGCUAUACCUAUUCCCUUAUGCCCAUUCCAGUCCAUGGGGCUGCAAAAUAUUUGCUGUUCAAAUAGUGGUUGGAUGACCAGUAGAUGGUUAAUUGGACCAAAGUAAAAAAGGGUACAGAGCACUUUGGUAAUGGUUUUGUGUAUGUUGUUCUCCGACUGCACAAAAGGACUAUUGCAGCCCCUAUAUACUUAAUAUCUUGAAUUAUCUUUCCAGCACUUCUAGGGUUUUGUUUCCCCCUUAAGUCUUAAAAAAAAAAAUUAUGCAAACUUUCCUUAUUUCUGACCUAUAACUUCUACUGAUCCAGAAACUAAUGUUAUGCCAAUGUGUACUGAACAUUUCGUGCUAAGUGGGCUUUGACCCACCAUUAAGGGAACAGGUGCAGCCCCUGCACAAACUAUGGAAUAUACAAUGAGUUUACAAAUCAAGCAUUUUAUUAAAGAAUCAAUGUUAAAAGAAA